AUGUCCAUCUCCCGUCCAGCAGUAUUAAUCUCUGGUGCAGCCCAAGGUAUCGGCCGUGCCAUUGCAGUCCAGCUCGCCACCGACGGCAUGAACGUUGCCAUUGCGGACUUGCCUUUCCAAGAAGCAAAAGCCCUUGAGCUCAAACUGGAGCUCGAGUCAAAGUAUGGUGUCCAUGCAAUCUGGGUUGAGUUGGACGUUGCGUCCAGAGAGCAGACAAAAGCGGCCAUUGAGGCCACCGAACGGGCAUUUGGUCGGUUCGACAUUAUCGUCAACAACGCAGGGAUUGCCCAGGUCGAUUCUGUGGUGAAUCACACCGAAGAAGCCGCCAGAAAGAUCUACGAUAUCAACGUCUUGGGGACGUUGUGGGGUAUCCAGGAGGCCGCCAAGAAGUUCAAGGCGAAUAAGACUCCGGGAAAGAUCAUCUGUGCGUGUUCUAUUGCUUCCCACAAGGGUAUGCCAUACUUGGGGGUCUACUCGUCCACCAAGUUUGCCGUCAAGGGUUUGGUUCAGGCUGCGGCGCAGGAAUUAGCCACGGAUAAGAUCACCGUGAAUGGAUAUUGCCCGGGGAUUGUGUUAACCCCAAUGUGGGACUUGAUUGACCGCAAGAUCUGCGAGGCCAGCGGCGAGCCGGUCGGGACGGCUUUGAAAAAGAGUAUCGAAGGGAUUGCCUUAGGAAGAGGUCAGGAGCCGGAAGAUGUGGCUGGAUUGGUAUCUUUCUUGGCCAGUGACAAGAGCAAUUAUAUAACUGGACAGGCCAUCGUCUCUGACGGGGGCAUUGUUUACCCAUAA